AAAAAAAAAAAAAAAAAAGGAGGAGGACUCUCUUUUACUAGUGAACACAUCGGUUGUUAGCUUAGAGUGGAGAAUAUCGAGGAUAAAAGAAGUUCUGUUCAGAAGCAAGACGCGAGCGCGUGCCGGAAUCUGCCUACCUGCCGGACCCGCGCGGCUUCAUGCUGUGUCACCGCAGCGACGUCUGAGUCCGUCGGCUGGUGUGCUGACCAGGUGUCGGCCGAAGAGUGCUGGGAUAAUGCCUUCUUUCUCAUGGAGGGUUUGGCCUGCACUGCUGUUUAUCUUGCUGCCUCACACUGCGGCUGCAGAGGAGACGUCACUGCUGGACGGCUGGCACGAAAUUUGGAUUUUCCGCUUCAUCCUCAAUCUACUGGGAUACUCCACCAUCAUUGUUCCCGGCUACCUCCUCAUUAGCUACCUGAAGCGUACCAACUACCUAGAAAAAGGCGGUGGAAUUUGCUACCCGGUCAUAAAAACCUGUGUGUUUGGCAGCGAAGACAAGACGAGCUCGCUGGAUUCUGGCUCCGGUUCGAGCCGGACUGAUGGGGAUUCGGGAUCAUCGUUCAAACAGGCUGUCAAAUUGGCCUUUUGUGCUGCCGGACUUCAGGCAUCAUACCUGACAUGGGGAGUCCUCCAGGAGAGGGUGAUGACUCGUUCUUACGGAGCCACGACUCCGGAGGAAGGGGAAGAGAGAUUUACAGACUCCCAGUUCUUGGUGUUCAUGAACCGCAUCCUUGCUCUGACUGUGGCGGGCCUGUGGUGCUUGCUGUUCAAGCAGCCUCGCCACGGUGCUCCCAUGUACAAGUAUUCCUUCGCUUCGCUCUCCAACAUCAUGAGCAGCUGGUGUCAAUACGAGGCCCUCAAGUUCAUCAGCUUCCCCACGCAAGUGCUUGCCAAAGCCUCCAAAGUCAUCCCCGUCAUGCUUAUGGGGAAGAUCGUUUCUCAGAAGAAUUACGAGUACUGGGAGUACCUCACUGCUCUGCUGAUCUCCGUUGGAGUCAGCAUGUUCCUCCUCUCCAGCUCGGAGGACAAGCAUCCGUCCACCGUCACCACCUUCAGCGGCGUCAUCAUCCUCGUCGGAUACAUCGUGUUCGACAGCUUCACCUCUAACUGGCAGGACAACCUGUUCAAGUACAAGAUGUCGUCGGUGCAGAUGAUGUUCGGGGUGAACAUGUUCUCCUGCCUCUUCACCGUGGGCUCGCUGCUCGAGCAGGGUGCCUUCUUUGACUCGCUGGCCUUCAUGAUGCGUCACUCUGAGUUUGCCUUUCAUGCGGUGCUGCUGUCCGUCUGCUCGGCGUGCGGCCAGCUCUUCAUCUUCUACACCAUCAACCAGUUCGGCGCAGCCGUCUUCACCAUCAUCAUGACGCUGCGGCAGGCCUUCGCCAUCCUGCUGUCCUGCUUCCUGUACGGUCACGCCGUCACUGUAGUGGGGGGCUUUGGGGUCGCUGUCGUUUUCCUGGCACUCUUCCUGCGGGUUUACGCGCGCAGCCGCAUGAAGGCGAGCCGGCGGCCCGCCGCUCCCACACAGAAGGUGUAACUCACCAAACCGUGAACUCAACCACGUUUUCUGUGGUGCUAUUUGUCUGUUUGUGAGUAGCUUUCUUUUUUUCUUAAACAUUUCUUUCUUUUCCCUCUUUUGUUUUUGUUGCAUCGGUACAGAAAGGGAUACUGCGGUUUUGACGCACUAAAACACCCCUAAGGGGCUCCUGUGAUGUCAAAUCAUUAUUUUAAAUGUCAGACCUUCGGCUGUUUUACUACUUACUUUUUUUAAACCACAAAACGCGCCUCAUCACACCGUUUUAGUUUGUUCAAGCUUGAAAAGGAUGGUCAUGUAUUGAAAAAGGAUUUCUUUAAAGCGUUACCUUUUUAUGAUUUCACAUCUCUAUAACAAAUAAGCAUAGCAGCUCGGGUGCAUUCGGACCUAAAGGGACUGUUUUAUCCCACAUUUCAGCACCUAAAACUGCUGCUUUGUUUCCUUCACAGUUUUUAUUUAUUGUUUUAAAAAAAAAGUCAGCAAAUAAGUAGGUAAACAUAAAUUAACCAUUUUUGCCUUCUUUUUUUUCUCAAAUUCUUUGCCACCUUUUUCUCUUUUAUUUUUUUGCUUUAUAAAAAUGUGUUUUUCAUGUGAUUAUUUUGAAUAACACUGGACACAAUAAUGGAUGGUUAUCAGUUUAUCAUUGCUAUUGUAAAAUACUGUCAGUUUGCAGGACGGGGUCAUGACAAAGGGAAAGCAAUAGAAAAGGUGUCUUGUUUUUCUAAAUCCUACGUCUCUAUGGUAACUGGAUUCAUAAUAAAAUUUGCUGACAAAGGA